AUGAUACUAUUUUUAAUAUUUGCAAGUCUAUCAAAUGGAAGUUUCCAAUGUGAAACGAAUGAAUAUUGGAAUCAAAACAAAGGGACAUGUGAAGCUUGUAGUCAAAAUUGCUUAACGUGUUGGAGUAAUACAAAAUGUACGACGUGUGUAAAAGGGUAUUAUCUUAAUGAGAAUUAUGGAUGUGCACAAAGAGAAGCUGGGCUCCAAGAGGUAUGUAAAACAUGGGAUGGAUUAUACUGUAUAGAGUGUAAAGAAGGGUAUUAUAUAGAACAAAUGAAAUGUGAUUCAUGUAAAGUAGAACAUUGUGAGAGAUGUACAAAAGAUAAAUGUUUUAAAUGUAAAGAAGGAUAUACACUUUAUGAAAUAACUACAAGUGAAGGGAUAGAGAAACAAGAAUGUAUUGAUUGUACAAAUGAAGAAAAUGAUAGUAAGUGUGGUAGAUGUCCAUUGGGAAAAUAUUUUGAUAUUGAAACACUUUCCUGUAAAGAAUGUAAAGAGGAUUGUGAAAGAUGCACUACAAAAGAUAAUUGUUAUCUUUGUAAAGGAGAUAAAGCAUUAAAAGACCCAUCAAAUCCAAAUAGUGAAUGUGUUUCAAUUUUACAUUGCAAAACAGGAAAUUAUUAUGGAAAUUAUUGUGAACUUUGUGAAGAAAAUUAUUUUGUUCAAAAUGGAAAGUGUAUUAAAUGUAGUGAUGGAUGUAAAAGAUGUAUAAAUGAAAAAGAAUGUAUUGAAUGUAAUAAUACAUUAACAUUAAUUAAUGGAGAAUGUAGAAAUGAUAUAAAUUGUUUACGUUCAAGUAAUGUAAUGGGAUGUAUUGAAUGUAAAGAGGGUUAUUAUUUAGGAAAUGAAGGUAAAUGUAAACAAUGUCCAGACCAAUGUAAAUUAUGUAAAUCAGAUUCAUAUUGUUUUAGGAUAUUAUCUACUUAUUCAGGUACAUCAAAAACAGGAAUUAAAUAUGAACCAACAUGUAAAAUGUGUAAUAUUACUUGUCGUAUUUGUGAUAAUAAUCCAAAUUGGUGUACUGGAUGUAAUGCAGGAUAUUCUCUUGAAAAAGAUACUGAGGCAAUGAUAAAAUAUUUUGAAGAUUUUGGUGUUCAUAAUGAUAUUUAUAAAUGUGUUCAAAUGCCCAGUAUUUGCAAAAAAACUGAAAUGGGAUAUUGUGUACAAUGUGAUGAUAAACAUUUUCUUCAAGGUGUCGAUUGUAAAGUUUGUGAUGAGUCUUGUGAUACUUGUUUGUCUGAUAGUUCUUGUCAAACAUGUAAUUCUACUAUUGAUCCAAAUACAAAUAAUGCAUUAUGGUGGAGACGUCCUUCAGAGAGUUCUUUAGACACUCAAAGUUUAUGUUAUUCUACUAGUAAUACAACAUAUUCUUCAUUAUUAAAUUGUUCAGAUAAAAUAACUACAUCUGGUUGUACGUCAUGUUAUUCUCAUUUUUAUUUAAAAGAUGGAGAAUGUCAUCCAUGUCCAACAGAAUGUUAUGAAUGUGAAUUAAAAAAUAAUAUUACUACAUGUACUAAAUGUAAUCCAAAUACACAAUAUUUGUCUAAAGAAGAUAAUAAAUGUCUUGAAUGUAAUACUAUAGAAUAUUGUAUUAAGUGUAAUGGAAAAGGAUGUAGCAAAUGUAGAGAUGGAUAUUCAGUAACAUCUGAUAGACUUUCAUGUAAGAAAUUAAAUCUUGGUUUAAUCAUCUCAUUAAUAAUUGUUGGUCUUCUUUUUAUUGUCAUUAUUAUUAGUAUUAUCAUCUUUUUAAUUUGGAGGAAACGUAGAAAAAUUAUUAAAGAAAGAGAAAAAGAAAUUAAACCAUUUAAAGUAAGUGGUGGAGUAGAAAUGGCUCUUCUUUCAGCUGACAAUGCUAAUUUCCCAUUAAAAACAGAUAAAUGGAAAUUAACAUUUGGACAUGCAGGAUCAAAAGUUAGUGUUGAUAACUUAUAUGAAGAAACUAUAAAAUAA